AUGUCUCAGGCUGGAGUCACUCGUGCUGAGUCCAUUGAACAACAGGAGCAUGGGAGGGAUGAUGGUGACAAGAAGCCAAAGACUCGCCGUCCAGCUAAUACUGCUUUUCGCCAGCAAAGAUUGAAAGCAUGGCAACCCAUCCUAACACCUAAGAGUGUCCUGCCUCUGUUUUUUAUCGUUGGCAUUAUUUUUGCCCCAAUUGGGGGUGUUCUCCUUUGGGCGAGCUCCCUUGUCCAAGAAAUCUCCAUCGAUUACUCUGAAUGCUCCAGACUAGCACCGACUGACACAUACGCAUCUGUUCCGCAUUACUCUGCAACCUUCAAAUCAUCCAAAGCCAUAUCGGCUCCCACCUGGAAAAAGACAAAUGAUUCGGGAAUCAUCACGUGCAGCCUCCUUUUUGAGGUCCCGAACGAGCUUCCCGCGCCCGUUUUCAUGUACUAUCGCCUCACCAACUUCUACCAGAACCAUCGCCGAUAUGUUGCUUCGCUGGACUUGAAUCAACUCAAAGGGGAUGCUGUUUCGUAUAAUACGAUCAAGGGUGGACCAUGUGAUCCUCUGGCGACCAACAACACGGCCAAGAAGGUCUACUAUCCAUGCGGACUGAUCGCAAACUCCUUCUUCAACGAUACCAUUGGACAGCCUCAAAUUCGAGACCCGAAUGAGACUAACAAUAAGGUAACAUUUUACGAAAUGACCAAGAAAGGUAUCGCGUGGGAGAGCGACAAGGAACUCAUCAAGCAGACCAAGUACAAGAUUGAUGAAAUGUUGCCACCACCAAACUGGGUCUGGGCCAGCAAGAACGGUGUCUAUGAAAAGAUGCCAAACUUACAUGAAAACGAAGAUUUCAUGGUUUGGAUGAGGACAGCUGGUUUGCCGUCAUUCAGCAAACUUUCCCGUCGCAAUGAUACUCAUGCCAUGCCUGCUGGAACCUAUGAGAUUGACAUUGUUGAUAAUUUCAAAGUCACUGAAUAUGCCGGAACGAAGUCGAUCCUGAUCUCUACUCGCACGGUGCUUGGAGGAAAAAACCCUUUCAUGGGGAUCGCAUAUGUAGUGGUUGGUGGAAUCUGUGUGCUGCUUGGAGCUCUCUUCACUGUCGCACACUUGGUGCGUCCAAGGAAACUUGGUGACCAUACCUAUCUUACUUGGGACUCAAACCAACCGAGUACUGCUGUCGCAACGGGACGGGAUGAAAGGUUCAGUUCCAACGCUCCCUAG